GCAAGUCCUGAAUGUAACUGGCUAUCGUAACGGUUGUUGUUUUUCCCUUCCCUGCUUCGCUUUGCAGAAGAAUUGUGAACGAACUUCAGCUAGCUAGCUGGCUAGCUAGAACGUCCUUUUUGUUGUCCGAGUUGUCCGCUGUAACAGGAGGAAGCAACACAGCAGGACCUCAUCAUGGCCCCAGUAGCUGCUGCAGGACCCGCCCAUGCUGCUGCAAAGCCUUCUGGGAGUGCUCAGUUUCCCUUCCAGACACUGCUGUUCACCACACAGGACAACAUCACCACCAUCUGCCUCAACCGCCCGCACAGGAAAAAUGCCUUCACAGGAGAGAUGUACCAUGAGGUUGUCAAGGCAUUGGAGCUUGCAAGCCAAGACGACUCUGUCAUCACCGUGAUUACAGGAAGUGGCGAUUACUACAGCAGCGGCAAUGACUUGGCCAACCUUACCGAACCAUCAAAGGGUGGGAUCAAGGAGAAAGCUAGAGCUACAAAUGAUGUGUUCAGGGGCUUCGUGAGGGCCUUCAUCGACUUCCCCAAGCCUCUGGUUGCUGUUGUCAAUGGGCCGGCUGUUGGAGUGUCUGUCACCCUGCUCGGUCUUUUCGAUUUGGUCUACGCCAGUGAGAGGGCAACUUUUCACACUCCCUUCACCCAGCUGGGACUGUGCCCCGAGGCCUGCUCCUCCUACACCUUUCCCAAAAUUAUGGGUGUGACCAAGGCUAAAGAGAUGCUGCUCUUCUGUAAGAAGCUGACGGCCACUGAGGCGUGUCAACUGGGCCUGGUGACGGAGGUCUUCCCUGAGAACAGCUUUCAGACGGAGGUGUGGACAAGGCUGAAGGCCUACACCAAGCUGCCCAAGAACUCACUGAUGGUGUCCAAGCAGCUGAUUAGGGACGGGGAGCGGGAAACGCUCUAUGCCGUGAACGACCGUGAAUGUGUGCAGGUGGAAGAGCGCUUGCAGUCAGAGGAAUGCCUGAACGCCGUUGUGCGCUUUUUCCAGGCCAAAGCCAAACUCUGAACCGAAGAGGGGCUCAACUGACUAGUGGAGCUCUUGCCUGGAACUCCCCGAUUGAUAACCUUACCCACAAAUAAAGCUGGAAUUAUAGCUGGAGCACUGGUCAGGGCCUGGUCAGUACACCACCAGAGCUGAGAUGUGUGUAUUGUGAUUGGCUGGCAGAUCAAAAUGUUGACUGAAUCAGUUCCUUCUGUUCACGUGCCUUUUUUGGAUUAAUGUUACAAUACCACAACAGAGACACUGCCCUGAACAAACUGUGCUUGUUAUAAUUCACAGUAUUAAUACACUUCUACCUGUAGUUAAUUUCAGGGGUCAGUAGCUGAAACUGGAGACGUUUGUUGGGAAUUGUUUUAUACUACUGAGAUAUUUUACAAACACUAAAACCAAACAGCCCAUAAGGAAGGAGUUUUAUGCACUGUAGCUUUGAAGUGAUUGUCUGAAAAUGAAUAGAAACUUGCUAUAAUGACUUGCUAUAAUGAAGGUACUAACUUGAAAUAUAGUUUUGCUGUACAAGGCAAACUUAUUUAAUGUACCAUAAGGUUCAGUGUGAUUUUUUUCAAGCAUAUUAUACAUAAACCAUUCAUUACAUCUGACAAUACAUUUUGCACUGUUAGAAAGAACUAAACCAAUAACAUGUGAAUAUCUUUUUAUGGGAAAAGAACUAAAAUGUCAGGGCUAAUUUCAGUCAUUUCCACCAAUCAGAAACUCCUUUUCUGUGCUCUUCAUACCCAUGUGUCAUAAAAGCCACCUAGGCUUGUACUAUGAGAGAAUAAAACAAAGGGAAAUGGUCACACCAAGCCUCUAUUCAUUUGUAAGGGUCUUGUGCUCAGUGAAGCAUAGUAAUGUGUAACAAAAAACUUCCCAUUCAUUUUUAAAUACAGUAUAUAUUGACUUCUUCCAGAAAUGUUUUAAUGAAUAGUAAGCUCCAGAUAGAUGUUUGUGUUGAUUUAACCAACCCUGGGAACAUUUUUUUCAGUCCAAAUGCAUCUUUAGUGGGAACAUCAGUUUUUCUUUUCAGCACUCUCCUUGUCACUCAGCCAUUCAGGUGAAACAUAUUAUGCUAAUUGUAACAUACCCCAUGAGAAGAUGGAAAUGUGCC